CACCUGUGGCUUUAUAAACGAGGGAGGACUGCAGUGAAAGUAGCAGAGAAGUUGACUCAACACAACCUGAACACAACUUUCACUUCACACACGUUGGUGAACAUCCACUCGGACAAAAGAUGGUUUGGGCGCCUUUAGGAAUGCUGUUGGUGGCGUUUGCCAUGGCCGCUGAGGCAACGGUUGGUCCAUGUGAUGACACCACACACGGCACUGAGACAAAAGAAUGUCUUCAUUUCACAACAAUCUGCAGUGGGGAAGAGUAUGAGGUGCGCUCCUAUGAUAACACCAAAUGGAUCUCUGCCGUGGAGGAAUCUUACUUCAUGGACAUGGCCAUCACCAGGGCUUUCUGGAAGCUCUUCAAGUACAUCCAGGGCAACAACGCAGCUGGCCUGAAGAUUGACAUGACCUCCCCCGUGGUCAUCAAGACCAAAGACACCACCAGCAUGUGGACGUCCUCUAAGUACAAAGUCAGCUUCCUGCUGCCCAGUGCCUUCCAGGACGGAGCCCAGGAGCCCCCGGCCCCCAAAGACGGAAGCGUUUUCUUCGAGGAGACACCCGCUAUGAAGCUGUAUGUGAGGAGCUAUGGAGGCUGGCUGAUGGGACUCACCUCUAGAACCAACGCUCGCGACCUGAGAAUGGCCCUGCAGAAGGCUGGUGCAUCCUUCGUCAAAGGCUCCCAUUAUGACGUUGGCUACGACAGCCCCAUGAAGAUGACUGAGAGGCACAACGAGGCGUGGUACGCAGUGGAGGGAGACCAUGUGUGUCCAAAAUGAAUAAAAUUGUAAAUAGAACUUCCCACUAGAGGGCAGUGUGUGAUCUAGGAUAGAAGGAGGAGGACGCUCGUUCCAAAUGUUACAUCAGAAAACUGGGCUUUGCAGGGACUAUUUUCCAUUGUGCCAUGGAUAUCCUAUUCAGGAGAAGGAAAUCUGUCUGUUUCCACACCACUCCUGAGUAGAAUGCCACUCUAUUAACUGUAUAAUUUUUAUUGUUAGCAAUCAACACAGCACUGCAUUAAUAGUAAACUGACCUGUACUUUUUAUUGUGUUGACCAUUAAACUAUUUUCAUUUUUACAAAGCA